AUCCCGAGUGAGUGUGUGUGUGCGAGAACACAGCAAGUGUGUGAGUCCCUCCCGCUCCGGCUCCUCCAAGCCGCGGCCGCCGCCGCCACCCUCGCCCGCAGCCUCCCGCAGCCUCCCUCGGCCACCGGUGCCCUGCUGGGGGGUGUCGCCUGGGUGGGUCCGCCUGGCCCCCAGGGGUCUCUCGAGCGUCUGCCAUCUGCCCGAGCAACAUGUGUAGCCACGUCCUCGCCUAGUCCAGGUGGCCGCAACCUUGGGGGAGAGACAGGGCAGGACAGGACCAAGGAAGAGGAAGGAGAGACGGAGCCAGGGACAGACAGGAGGUCCGGGCUGCCGCUGCUGCUGCCACCACCACUGCCGCCGCCCCGGGGCCUGCCCCCCGACAUCGGCUCUCUGAGCCCUCCUCGGAAUCUUGGGGUCACUGGACACCGGGUUCCGGUCCUGGCCCCCCCACCAUCCCCCCCACAGAACAGGGUCAUGAAAAGAGGCCGCCCGGCUGGGCCCGCAGGCGAUGCGCGGCGCCGGUGGCCCCCGCGGCCCUCGGGGCCCCGCUAAGAUGCUGCUGCUGCUGGCGCUGGCCUGCGCCAGCCCGUUCCCGGAGGAGGCGCCGGGGCCGGGCGGCGCCGGUGGGCUCGGCGGGGGCCCCGGCGGGGCGCGGCCGCUCAACGUGGCGCUCGUGUUCUCGGGGCCCGCGUACGCGGCCGAGGCGGCACGCCUGGGCCCGGCCGUGGCGGCGGCCGUGCGCAGCCCGGGCCUGGACGUGCGGCCUGUGGCGCUGGUGCUCAACGGCUCGGACCCGCGCAGCCUCGUGCUGCAGCUCUGCGACCUGCUGUCGGGGCUGCGCGUGCACGGCGUGGUCUUCGAGGACGACUCGCGCGCACCCGCCGUCGCGCCCAUCCUCGACUUCCUGUCGGCGCAGACCUCGCUGCCCAUCGUGGCCGUGCACGGCGGCGCCGCGCUCGUGCUCACGCCCAAGGAGAAGGGCUCCACCUUCCUGCAGCUGGGCUCCUCCACCGAGCAACAGCUUCAGGUCAUCUUUGAGGUGCUGGAGGAAUACGACUGGACGUCCUUUGUAGCCGUGACCACGCGUGCCCCUGGCCACCGGGCCUUCCUGUCCUACAUCGAGGUGCUGACUGACGGCAGUCUGGUGGGCUGGGAGCACCGCGGAGCGCUGACGUUGGACCCUGGGGCGGGCGAGGCGGUGCUCAGUGCCCAGCUCCGCAGUGUCAGCGCUCAGAUCCGCCUGCUCUUCUGCGCCCGAGAGGAGGCCGAGCCCGUGUUCCGCGCAGCUGAGGAGGCUGGCCUCACUGGGUCUGGCUACGUCUGGUUCAUGGUGGGGCCCCAGCUGGCUGGAGGCGGGGGCUCUGGGGCCCCUGGUGAGCCCCCUCUUCUGCCAGGAGGCGCCCCCCUUCCUGCCGGACUGUUUGCAGUGCGCUCGGCUGGCUGGCGGGAUGACCUGGCUCGGCGAGUGGCAGCUGGCGUGGCCGUAGUGGCCAGAGGUGCCCAGGCCCUGCUGCGUGAUUAUGGUUUCCUUCCUGAGCUCGGCCACGACUGUCGCGCCCAGAACCGCACCCACCGCGGCGAGAGUCUGCAUAGGUACUUCAUGAACAUCACGUGGGAUAACCGGGAUUACUCCUUCAAUGAGGAUGGCUUCCUAGUAAACCCCUCCCUGGUGGUCAUCUCCCUCACCAGAGACAGGACGUGGGAGGUGGUGGGCAGCUGGGAACAGCAGACGCUCCGCCUCAAGUACCCGCUGUGGUCCCGCUAUGGUCGCUUCCUGCAGCCAGUGGACGACACGCAGCAUCUCACGGUGGCCACGCUGGAGGAGAGGCCGUUUGUCAUCGUGGAGCCUGCAGACCCCAUCAGUGGCACCUGCAUCCGAGACUCCGUCCCCUGCCGGAGCCAGCUCAACCGAACCCACAGCCCUCCGCCGGAUGCCCCCCGCCCGGAAAAGCGCUGCUGUAAGGGUUUCUGCAUCGACAUUCUGAAGCGGCUGGCGCACACCAUCGGCUUCAGCUACGACCUCUACCUGGUCACCAACGGCAAGCACGGAAAGAAGAUCGAUGGCGUCUGGAACGGCAUGAUCGGGGAGGUGUUCUACCAGCGCGCAGACAUGGCCAUCGGCUCCCUUACCAUCAACGAGGAGCGCUCCGAGAUCGUGGACUUCUCCGUCCCCUUCGUGGAGACCGGCAUCAGCGUCAUGGUGGCGCGCAGCAAUGGCACGGUGUCCCCCUCGGCCUUCCUCGAGCCCUACAGCCCUGCUGUGUGGGUGAUGAUGUUCGUCAUGUGCCUCACUGUGGUCGCCGUCACUGUUUUCAUCUUCGAGUACCUCAGUCCUGUUGGCUACAACCGUAGCCUGGCCACGGGCAAGCGCCCUGGCGGCUCAACCUUCACCAUUGGGAAAUCCAUCUGGCUGCUUUGGGCCCUGGUGUUCAAUAAUUCAGUGCCCGUGGAGAACCCCCGGGGAACCACCAGCAAAAUCAUGGUGCUGGUGUGGGCCUUCUUCGCCGUCAUCUUCCUCGCCAGCUACACAGCCAACCUGGCCGCCUUCAUGAUCCAGGAGGAGUACGUGGAUACCGUGUCCGGGCUCAGUGAUCGCAAGUUCCAGAGGCCCCAGGAGCAGUACCCGCCCCUGAAGUUUGGGACCGUGCCCAACGGGUCCACGGAGAAGAACAUCCGCAGCAACUAUCCCGAUAUGCACAGCUACAUGAUGCGCUACAACCAGCCCCGCGUAGAGGAAGCGCUCACUCAGCUCAAGGCAGGGAAGCUGGAUGCCUUCAUCUACGACGCUGCGGUGCUCAACUACAUGGCCCGCAAGGAUGAGGGCUGCAAGCUUGUCACCAUCGGCUCCGGCAAGGUCUUCGCCACGACAGGCUAUGGCAUCGCCCUGCACAAGGGCUCCCGCUGGAAGCGGCCCAUCGACCUGGCGCUGCUGCAGUUCCUGGGGGAUGAUGAGAUCGAGAUGCUGGAGCGGCUGUGGCUCUCCGGGAUCUGCCACAAUGACAAAAUCGAGGUGAUGAGCAGCAAGCUGGACAUCGACAACAUGGCGGGCGUCUUCUACAUGCUCCUGGUGGCCAUGGGCCUGUCCCUGCUGGUCUUCGCCUGGGAGCACCUGGUGUACUGGCGCCUGAGGCACUGCCUGGGGCCCACCCACCGCAUGGACUUCCUGCUGGCCUUCUCCAGGGGCAUGUACAGCUGCUGCAGCGCCGAGGCCGCCCCGCCGCCCGCCAAGCCCCCGCCGCCGCCGCAGCCCCUGCCCAGCCCCGCGUACCCCGCGCCGCGGCCGGCGCCCGGGCCUGCACCUUUCGUGCCCCGCGAGCGCGCCGCAGUGGACCGCUGGCGCCGGACCAAGGGCGCGGGGCCGCCGGGGGGCGUGGGCCUGGCCGACGGCUUCCACCGCUACUACGGCCCCAUCGAGCCGCAGGGCCUGGGCCUGGGCCUGGGCGAGGCGCGUGCGGCACCGCGGGGCGCAGCCGGGCGCCCGCUGUCCCCGCCGGCCGCUCAGCCCCCGCAGAAGCCGCCGCCCUCCUACUUCGCCAUCGUACGCGACAAGGAGCCGGCCGAGCCCCCCGCCGGCGCCUUCCCCGGCUUCCCGUCGCCGCCCGCGCCCCCCGCCGCCGCGGCCCCCGCCGUCGGGCCGCCACUCUGCCGCCUGGCCUUCGAGGACGAGAGCCCGCCGGCGCCCGCGCGGUGGCCGCGCUCGGACCCCGAGAGCCAACCCCUGCUGGGACCGGGCGCGGGCGGCGCGGGAGGCGCGGGAGGCGCGGGCGGAGGAGCCCCGGCCGCUCCACCCCCGUGCCGGGCCGCGCCGCCCCCCUGCCCUUACCUCGACCUCGAGCCGUCGCCGUCGGACUCGGAGGACUCGGAGAGCCUGGGCGGCGCGUCGCUGGGCGGCCUGGAGCCCUGGUGGUUCGCCGACUUCCCCUACCCCUACGCCGAGCGCCUCGGGCCGCCGCCCGGCCGCUACUGGUCGGUCGACAAGCUCGGGGGCUGGCGCGCCGGGAGCUGGGACUACCUGCCCCCGCGCAGCGGUCCGGCCGCCUGGCACUGUCGCCACUGCGCCAGCCUGGAGCUGCUGCCGCCGCCGCGCCAUCUCAGCUGCUCGCACGAUGGCCUGGACGGCGGCUGGUGGGCGCCGCCGCCUCCUCCCUGGGCCGCCGGGCCUCCGCCCCGACGCCGUGCCCGCUGCGGGUGCCCGCGGUCACACCCGCACCGCCCGCGGGCCUCUCACCGCACGCCCGCCGCUGCCGCGCCCCACCACCACCGGCACCGGCGCGCCGCUGGGGGCUGGGACCUCCCGCCGCCCGCGCCCACCUCGCGCUCGCUUGAGGACCUCAGCUCGUGCCCUCGCGCCGCCCCUGCGCGCAGGCUUACCGGGCCCUCCCGCCACGCUCGCAGGUGCCCGCACGCCGCGCACUGGGGGCCGCCGCUGCCCACAGCUUCCCACCGGAGACACCGGGGCGGGGACCUGGGCACCCGCAGGGGCUCUGCACACUUCUCCAGCCUCGAGUCCGAGGUAUGACGCGGCCCCGGGGGCCCCACCGCCCCCUUGGUCAGCGCAGGCCACGGCCCGAGGGGGCGCCCGCAGUGGACAGGACCCGCGUGGGUUGGGAAGGAAAGCAGUGGAACUGGCUGGACCCCGCCUGGAGCAGCGUCCUGCGCCCCCUGGUUCCGGAAGAACCGCAAGCUGGAGAGGAUUUGGUCCCCCCAAUUAUCACCCAGGCUGAGAGCGAGGGGGCGGGGGCCUUGGAGCCCACCGGACUUUUUUUUAAACCCGACAAGGGCUUUUUAACGUCACCAGAUGGGGCGGGAGGUGGGGGGGUCACGCCACUCCCGCGUCCCACCUCCACGCCCGGGGCCGUGGCCCCCACAUCACUGUGCAGCUCCCCGGCCCCAGCCACGCCUCCGGGGAAGCCCGUUUUUAACCUUUCAUUCAUUGGGACUCCAAACUGUGAGACGCGUUCGCCAAACUGUGACCCCAGACCUUGGCCCCGCCACACAGAAACCCCUGACCCAGACUGUGACAUCCGACUCCUAAAAUGGUCAUCCGACUCCAGACUGUGACCCCUGACCCCAAACUGUGACCCGAACCCCAGACUGUGCCCCGACCAGACUGUGACCCUUGACAUCAAACCGUGACACCCCCUCCUCCUCUUCCACCCUCGGUCGCUUUUCCCUACUCUGACCUAGGACACGUCCCCAACGGAAGCCCCGCCUUCCCUUGCACCACGAUGAACCCAACCUCCCUGAAGCCAAAACUUCCCACCCUGCCGCACCUCCCGACACCCCACUUGUCACCAACCACAUCCUCUCCAAAUCCAACCCUUAUUUGCGACCCUUCAGUGAUGACCCAGCAGACCUCCAAAAAACCUCCUCUUCCCAGAUCUCCAGCCGGGUCUGGGGCUGGGUUGCGGAGGGGAGGGUCUGGGAGUCCACACUUCUCCACCAACCUCCCUUCCCACUCUCUUAUUCCACAUUGCAGUGUUUGGAAUAAACCAUGUUUUUAUGCCUCCUCA